AAAUUUAGUUCAGUGCACAUGGUGCGUCAGUAAAUAGCAGACCAGCAGGGGCUAGAGACCUCCGGCCUCAGUUCUGUGGUGUGAACUCUGUCAGUCUGGCGUUUCGACCUUCCGGCGCCACCUCGUAGAAGCCCAACAACUUGGGCGCCAACAGCUGGCCUCUACUGGCGGAAGGGUUCUUGAGAAAACAGAAGACGCAUCACGUGUUGUGUGUCUUCAGUAGAAAGUUCUAAGUGAUUGUUGUGAGUCGGCUGUUAGCAAACUAGUGAACCCCGAAAAUUCUGUGUGAUAGUACAGUGCUGAAAAAUCGUACCUUAGACUGACUUUUACCCCGUUAGUUAGCUCAAAGAAAACGCUCGUUAAGAAAGUUUAUUUUCGCGUGAGUAUUUUUGUACCUUCGUAAACCAGUAAAUAGUUUGAAAGUCCUGAAGUUCAGGAACAGACUGUCCGAGACAAUCCCGGUGGUGAUUUCUUAGUGUGUUCAGCCAACCAAAACGGCGUCCAUCAGCGGCAGCUAGCGGUUAGUGCUAAACAGCGCCUUUAGAAAAGAUGAAUUUUCUGGGAGCUGCCGGAGGUGCUGUAGGCGGUGACGGAGGCGACGAUGAGAAUGACAAAGAGAAGGAGGAGGAGGCCGAGCGUGAGCGCCAGGAGGCCAUCCGCGAAGCCGAGGAACGACGGAAGGAGAAGCACCGCAAGAUGGAGGAGGAGCGGGAAAAGAUGCGACAGGAAAUCCGGGACAAAUAUAACAUAAAGAAAAAGGAGGAAGUGGUCGAAGCAGCACCACCCCAGGAAGAACCCAACCCGCUGAUGCGGAAAAAGAAAACGCCCGAAGAGCUGGCCGCCGAGGCGGAACAGGAAGAUCUGGACGACUUCACGAAUGGAGACCCGUCAAGCGGUAAUAGAAAAUUGAAGAACACCAUCGAGACGCAGGUGAACGAGAUCAAAACGCAGAUCGAGGGAAAAUGCUCCUUACAGUGAUUAUGCAUCAACCGUAUUCAGCAGUAUAUUCAAUAAUAUUAAACUUAAUUUAAUAAUAAACAGAAGAAAACAGAAAAAUGAAGGAAUGAGAAAACAGCAGAAUGCAAAUAUUAUAGACGAAAAAAAAAACAAAAUAGUAAUUAUUUAAUGAAGAAAAAAAGUAAAACAAAAAAGUCAUGAAAACAAGUAAUUAAAAAAAUAUUUAAAUGUAAAGUUUUAAAUUAACCUUCAAAGAGAAAAUAGAGACAGAAAAAACAUUCCAUUUGAAAGGCAUUGAUCGCACCACCACCACCACCACCACCAAACCACCUUCAACAACCACAACCACAUAGUCACAAUCGACAACAACAACACGACAGAGCGCAAGCGAUGGAGAGCGGACGGCAAAACCAAUAGGCGUCGUCGACGAAGCAGAACAAUAGGAACCACCCGCGAUGAGCUCAGCUGCUCGAUCCUCGACUGAGAAAAAGAGCGAGCUAAAGAAAAGAAAUAGGCAGAAAAGAGAGAAAGAGAGAAAAAACUUUGCACUCAUUUACCAGUUCAGUAACCAGAAUCAUCGAAAUCAGUAUCAGUAGCACAUAUACAGAGAAACACAUACAUACAUACAGAGGACAUUUAUUGGAAUAGAUUCAUCAUCAAGAGGAGAAACAAGAAGACGAAAAAAAAAUGCGAAAAAAUAGUAGAUGAACAAAAAAAUAUUGUUAAAUAGGACACCCAGGUGAAUCAACGUUGAUUGAUGGAAAAAAUGUGAUUAUUCAAGUGGAAAACAUUCGAUUGUUCUUCGGGCUGCACGAAAACACCGCGCCACCAAACGACGACUAACAAACAACCAAACAAAAAAAAAACAAACAACAACAACAACAACAACAGGGUCCUUUUCGUUUGCCAUAGGUCGGCUUUGUUGUGUAUAGGACAGCAUAAAACGACAACCGUGUUGUGGCAAGGUAGCAAAGAGGCAAAACAGACGUAAAGGUAGCGAAUUCAGCAGUGAAAGUGAUAGGCUAACGAUUGGGCGAAACGUUGGUGUAACGUAAGUCUAGUGUUAGUUCGACGCUUGACAGCUGAAUUGAGGGAUAACCGCCGGUUUGGAUCAGCUAGGUUUGCAUCAAACUACAAAUUUUUGGAUUCAAGAAUGACGUGAAAACUUACAACCCGAAAAAACGGUCUGACGAAUGUUCGUUCAAGUAUUGUGAUAGGUGACAUCAUUCGAAACCAAAUUUGGUUUAGGUGUAAAAGAACAGCUAACCGACGGUUAAUCCGAAUCAUCGCCGACAGUUAGGACAAAUCGAAUAUUUAGCUUGAAAAUUGUUGACAAUUUGGAAAUAUUAAAACCCAAAAAAAACACGUUGUAAGUAAAACAAAAUUAAGCCUCUCGAAAGCAAAUCUUAGGUAAAUUACGAACAUUUCAUUUAUUGUCUCGGGGUAAGCACUGGUGCACUCUCGAGAAAAAAUAACCACGUUGGGCAGAAGCAUUACCCACAGACGCAUCGAUUGUUGUUUGCGAAUUGUUUGACAGUUACGAGUUCUGUUUUAAACCAGAUUUGACAAAAAAAAAAGUCUGUUGCAAUGUUCAACGAAGGCACGAUAUAAAGCCAGAUAAGCAAUCGUUCAUCCAAAUUCCUAUUGAGUCUACUGUUAUUCCCUUUUACACAAAUGAUUGUGAAUUUGAUGUCUUUCAAUGAACAAAUUAAGGAAAAAUAAAACCAAAACAAAAAAACAGUUUUCCAAGUGCACUUCGAGGAUAUUUGAGGAAACCAAAAUCCCCUUCUAGCGAAUGUCUAGCAGCUGUGUAAUGGGUCACAAGUGCACCCCCUAAUGCUUUAAUCGAAUCCUUCUGGAUCUCAAGUCUGUUUAGUAAACUUCGAUGUCGUACUCUUCUUAACCGUCUUCUUCUAUGCUGUUUCUGUCAUUGUUGCCAUCGGAGCGGGGAAGCGAAAAUUUGCCGGGGCUUAGUGAUAAAUGAAAACGUGAUAAUAGAUGAUUUGGGAGCACUGCCGAAUUUUCGCUUCCAAUCAGCUCUUAAGCCUAUCGACUCAAACUUCUAGCAGUGGAAAUCUUUUUUCCACUUGUCAAAACGCUGGACAAAUCGUUCCCACCAGGUGGCGUUUUCGAAACAUUCAACACAACUAUCACAUUCCUCUACCAGAUUGCAUGGAAACUGGUUCUCAACCAACAAAAAAAAACAAUAACAGACAUUCACCAAACAGGCUGUCUAACAACAAAUCUCCCAAGCUAUUAUGUUUCACCAUACACUCUAUUUAAUGUUUAUGUCGCGCUCAUUGAUGUCGUGUCGCUAGUAGUCAAUGUAUUGAAACCCAUAAGCAACAAUCUACUUGAAACAUGAAAUCAGAAAAGAAGUCAAGCUACGAAAAAAAACAGAACAAUAGUUUUAUCUGUUCCGUAUGAAAACAAACAAUAAAAUGAACCCAAAACAAACAGAAGUGAAAAGCAACACAAUGCAGCUUAUUAAGCAAACCACGCAGUAUGUUUAACUCUCUAUCCUAUCGUUGAAAAAGAAGAAAAAAACAUUGAUUAGUGAAAAGUAAAUAUUGAACGAAAUUAGCAACAAAAAAACGCAUAAUCUAUAUUCAUUCUCCUUCGACCACACCAACAUUCCAACACACACACGAACACGAAUUCUCUUCUUUACCGGAAAAAAGGACAACAGUUUCUCAACUUUUAGAAGAACAACAAUCGGCUUCGGAUCUCACUUAAUAGGUUGUAUCUCUACAAGGUAAUCUCGAAAACAGCAAUAAAAAUGUCAAGUAUACUUUUUCAACUUCAACUCUAUUCUCCGAUCUGUUCGAUUGCUGUUUUCCGAGUCCGAAAAAAAAAACCGGAAAACGGAAAGCGGCAUCCAUCGAUUACGCAACCUUUUUCGCAAGCUGACCUCUACAAUCAGCAGCAAACACUUUCAAAUUGUAUGUUUUUACGUGAAUGCAUUGUUUUGAAGCAAUACAGACAACUGAAACCGACAUUUAGGAACAUACAUUCCACGGAAAAAAAUAAUGAAAGAAGCAACCAAAAAAAAACUUAAAACAAUUGACAAAACAACGUUUGUUUAUAAUUGUUGAAGAGAAUUAAUGAAAAAGUUACACAUUAAAAUAAAACACAAAAAAACUGUUGAAAA